CAGCACUGUCCGUGCCAUUCCCAGAGGAGCCUGAGAAGAGGCAGAGGAAGGCGAAACAUGGCUGCUCUAGGAGUCCAAAGUAUCAACUGGCAGACGGCCUUCAACCGACAAGCGCAUCACACAGACAAGUUCUCCAGCCAGGAGCUCAUCUUGCGGAGAGGCCAAAACUUCCAGGUCUUAAUGAUCAUGAACAAAGGCCUUGGCUCUGACGAAAGACUGGAGUUCAUUGUCUCCACAGGGCCUUACCCCUCAGAGUCGGCCAUGACGAAAGCUGUGUUUCCACUCUCCAAUGGCAGUAGCGGUGGCUGGAGUGCAGUGCUUCAGGCCAGCAAUGGCAAUACUCUGACUAUCACCAUCUCCAGUCCUGCCAGCGCACCCAUAGGACGGUACACAAUGGCUCUGCAGAUCUUCUCCCAGGGCGGCGUCUCCUCUGUGAAACUUGGGACGUUCAUACUGCUUUUUAACCCCUGGCUGAACGCGGAUAGCGUCUUUAUGGGUAACCACGCUGAGAGAGAAGAGUAUGUUCAGGAAGAUGCUGGCAUCAUCUAUGUGGGAAGCACAAACCGAAUUGGCAUGAUUGGCUGGAACUUUGGACAGUUUGAAGAAGACAUUCUGAGCAUCUGCCUCUCGAUCUUGGAUAGGAGUCUGAAUUUCCGCCGUGACGCUGCUACUGAUGUGGCCCGCAGAAAUGACCCCAAAUAUGUUGGCCGGGUGCUGAGUGCCAUGAUCAAUAGCAAUGAUGACAAUGGUGUGCUUGCUGGGAAUUGGAGCGGCACUUACACGGGUGGCCGGGACCCAAGGAACUGGAACGGCAGCGUGGAGAUCCUCAAAAAUUGGAAAAAAUCUGGCUUCAGCCCAGUACGAUAUGGCCAGUGCUGGGUCUUUGCUGGGACCCUCAACACAGCGCUGCGGUCUUUGGGGAUUCCUUCCCGGGUGAUCACCAACUUCAACUCAGCUCAUGACACAGACCGAAAUCUCAGCGUGGAUGUGUACUACGACCGCAUGGGAAACCCCCUGGACAAGGGUAGUGAUAGUGUAUGGAAUUUCCAUGUCUGGAAUGAAGGCUGGUUUGUGAGGUCUGACCUGGGCCCCUCGUACGGUGGAUGGCAGGUGUUGGAUGCUACCCCGCAGGAAAGAAGCCAAGGGGUGUUCCAGUGCGGCCCCGCUUCAGUCAUUGGUGUUCGAGAGGGUGAUGUGCAGCUGAACUUCGACAUGCCCUUUGUCUUUGCGGAGGUUAAUGCCGACCGCAUCACCUGGCUGUACGAUGACACCACUGGCAUACAGAGGAAGAAUUCCGUGAACAGUCACACCAUUGGCAGGUACAUCAGCACCAAGGCGGUGGGCAGCAACGCUCGCAUGGACGUCACAGACAAGUACAAGUACCCAGAAGGCUCUGACCAGGAAAGAAAAGUGUUCCAAAAGGCUUUGGGGAAACUUAGACCCAAUGCGUCAUUUGGCGCAACGUCUUCAAUGGGUUUGGAAAGAGAGGAACAGGAGCCCAGCAUCAUCGGGAAGUUGAAGGUCGCUGGCAUGCUGGCAGUAGGCAAAGAAGUCAACCUGGUCCUACUGCUCAAAAACCUGAGCAGGGAUACGAAGACAGUGACAGUGAACAUGACAGCCUGGACCAUCGUCUACAAUGGCACGCUUGUACAUGAAGUGUGGAAGGACUCUGCCACAAUGUCCCUGGACCCCGAGGAAGAGGCAGAGCAUCCCGUAAAGAUCUCGUACGCUCAGUAUGAGAAGUACCUGAAGUCAGACAACAUGAUCCGGAUCACAGCCGUGUGCAAGGUCCCAGAUGAGUCUGAGGUGGUGGUGGAGCGGGACGUCAUCCUGGACAACCCCACCUUGACCCUGGAGGUGCUGGACGAGGCUCGUGUGCAGAAGCCUGUGAACGUGCAGAUGCUCUUCUCCAAUCCACUGGAUGAGCCGGUGAGGGACUGCGUGCUGAUGGUGGAGGGAAGCGGCCUGCUGUUGGGUAACCUGAAGAUCGACGUGCCGACCCUACGGCCCAAGGAGCGGUCCCGGGUCCGUUUUGAGAUCCUGCCCACCCGGAGUGGCACCAAGCAACUGCUCGCCGACUUCUCCUGCAACAAGUUCCAUGCAAUCAAGGCCAUGCUGUCCAUCGACGUAGCCAAAUGAAGGGCCCUGGUGGCCUCCCGUACAAACUUGGAUAACACAGAGCAGGGAGAGCUCACCGAGGAAUGAACCCCCUGCCCAUGCUGUGCAGCCUGGGAAACCCUCUCCAUCUCCCAAGGCUGCCAGACAUGGACCUCCAGGCUCCUCCAGCACAUCCCCCUCCCCUCUCCCCCAGGUUGGGGCUGGGUUCACCCUGUCCUAUGACUCGAUCACUUUUGCACAUUCCCUGGCUGCCUCUCUCCAGGGCUGCCUGCUCUGUGAGCCCCACAGCCCUGCUCAUCCCUCACGCCCUUCAAUGCUGCAGGAUGGACUGGCCCCUGACCCAGGGACCCUCCAAACAGGAUACAGGAGAGAAGCUGGUCUAGACUGUUUGCUGAUCCCCAACCUGCAUGGGGCAUUCCUGCUUCUCUCUCAGGCCACCACAGAGGACAGGGGAUGGUUAGCCACCUGCCCCAGCACUCACACCCUAACUCAAAAUAAAUGUUAAGUAAGUGUGAUCACACA